AUGAAUUUAGAAUUAAGACUUAAGAGAUGUAAUGUUAUAAUGCCUUAAGGCUCAAAAUAUUCACUAUUCUUAUUAAAAAAUUCAAUAAAUAUUUCGUAUUAUUUAAUUUAUUGCAAAACAAAACACAUAUAUUUGAAAUGAAGGCAAUAAUACAACGUUGUAUGAAUGCUCAAGUUAGCGUUAAUGGUGAAGUUGUUAGUAAAAUUGGACAAGGAGCUUGUGUUUUAAUUGGAAUAAGUAGCAAAGAUAAUGUUAAGGAUAUGGAAUUUAUGGUAAAGAAAUUACUGAGUAUAAAGUUAUUUGAUGAUGAUGAUGGAAAAAAGUGGAAGAAGAGUAUAGUCGACAAAGAGUUUGAACUGCUAUGUGUAAGCCAGUUUACAUUAUGCAACACAUGGAAGGGUAAUAAACCGGACUUCCAUCUAGCAAUGUCAUCAGAACAAUCAAAGGAAUUUUAUGAAAACUUCAUUAAAUUGAUGAAAGAUAAAUACAAUCCCGAUAAAGUUAAAGAUGGUGUUUUUGGUGCCUACAUGCAAGUUUCUUUACAAAAUGAUGGGCCAGUAACAUUGGAACUGGAAUCGCCAGUCCAAAAUGAUAACUCCAAAAAGGCUCAACCUGUCUUAACAAAUACAGAAAAUGGGGAAGCUGAUAGAUAAAAAAAAAUCACUUUAAAAAUAGACAAACUUUAAUACUACUUUUAGAUACCAACUUUUUAUAAUGUAUAGAUAUAUUAAUAAAAACCCAAAUUUCA